GCGCCCGCGGCAGCCGCUGCACUCCGUCCCGGGCGGGAGGCGCACGAGGUUCUGAUGGCCUAGGGGACGGCGCCAGGCCGAGUCCAGCACGCCCAGACGUUCGACAUGGAUAACCUGACCUCCGCUGCCGGCGAGAAGGACAGCUGCACGUACCACGAGGAGUUCAAGCAGAUCCUGCUGCCCGUGGUCUACUCGGCGGUCUUCGUGCUGGGGCUGCCCUUGAACGCCACGGUCAUCGCCCAGAUCUGGCUGUCCCGCAAGGCGCUCACGCGCACCACCAUCUACAUGCUCAACCUGGCGGCGGCCGACCUGCUGUACGUCUGCUCUUUGCCGCUGCUCAUCUACAACUACUCCCAGAAGGACUACUGGCCCUUCGGCGACUUCACGUGCCGCUUCGUGCGCUUCCAGUUCUACACCAACCUGCACGGGAGCAUCCUGUUCCUGACCUGCAUCAGCGUCCAGCGCUACCUGGGCAUCUGCCACCCGCUCUCCACCUGGCACAAGAAGCGGGGCAAGGGCUUCACCUGGAUGGUAUGCGGCCUGGUCUGGUUCCUGGUCGCAGCGCAGUGCCUGCCCACCUUCCUCUUCGCCUCCACCGGCAUCCAGAGGAACCGGACCGUGUGCUACGACCUGAGCACGCCGGAGAGCUCCGGCAGCUACUUCCCGUACGGCAUCACCCUGACUGUCACGGGCUUCCUGAUCCCCUUCGUGUCCAUCCUGGGCUGCUACUGCUGCAUGACCAAGAUCCUGUGCCAGAAGGACGAGAUGAUCGGCCUGGCCGUCCGCAAGAAGAAGGACAAGGCCAUCCGGAUGAUCAUCAUUGUCGUGCUGGUCUUCGCCAUCAGCUUCUUCCCCUUCCACCUGACCAAGACCAUGUACCUGAUUGUCCGCGCCAUGCCGGGGGUCCCCUGCCUGACCCGGCAGGCCUUCGCCAUCACCUACAAGUGCACCCGGCCUUUCGCGAGCAUGAACAGCGUCCUGGACCCCAUCCUCUUCUACUUCACCCAGCGCAAGUUCCGGGAGAGCACCAGGUACCUGCUGGACAAGGUCAGCUCCAAAUGGAAGCACGACUCCUGAAGGACGCGCACCGGAGCAGUGUGGACGCAAGCACCCGCUGGGGCCGG